AAUCAAAGAGCAGAAGAAGAACAAGAACAAGAACAAGAAGAUAACAACCACCCUUUGACAUUUCUCUAUUCAGUAACAAAAUCAUCGAACCAAACAAACCGUUCUAUCAAUUAAAGAUCACAGCCCCUGGAUCAAACCCCAUAUGUUUGUGAAACCUAGAAUAUAUAUCCCUGAAUUCUCAUACUCCCAUUUCCGAGUUUUCUUCAUAGCAAUCCGUAUUGGUUCAUCGAUUUGUGGUUAUAAUGAUGGCUAGGCUCGAGACAGACCAGCUCAAACAGCUUAAAGACAUCUUCAUGCGGUUCGACAUGGACUCCGAUGGUAGCUUAACCCACCUGGAGCUGGCCGCCCUGCUCCGCUCCCUAGGCGUCAAGCCCCAGGGCGACCAGCUCCACAGGUUAAUGGCCAACAUGGACGCCAAUGGAAACGGCGCCGUUGAGUUCGAGGAGUUGGUAAACGCCAUCAUGCCGAACAUGAACGACGAGAUUCUUGUCAACCAAGAGCAGCUCAUGGAGGUGUUCCGGUCGUUCGACCGCGACGGUAACGGCUACAUAACGGCGGCAGAGCUGGCCGGGUCGAUGGCCAAGAUGGGCCACCCCUUGACGUACAGGGAGUUGUCGGAUAUGAUGAGGGAGGCGGACACCAACGGUGACGGCGUCAUCAGCUUCAACGAGUUCGCCACCAUCAUGUCUCGGUCCGCCGCCAACUUUCUCGGAAUCUGACAACAAUGGAGGGCGUCACAGUAGGGGUAUUUUCGUCAUUAUGGGAUGAUUUGACUUUUUCUCGCUGACUUUUAUUAGUUGGAAUUUUUUCUUUUUAUGUGCAUAUUUUGAUAUAAAGAAUUUCAGUGUACAUUAUUUGAAGAAGACAAAAAAGUCCGUCUAUGCUGAAUUUGUAAAUGAAAACCUCCGCUAAUUGCGUUCUAGUUCAUUAAGAUUAGAAUUACCAAAUGAAUAGAAACUUUUAAAUUCUGUGUCAUCAUAAAUUUUGUGUUACUAUUUGAAUUUUGUUCAGAUUUACUUUUAUUUAAUUAAUUCUUAUGAUCUCAUCCAUUUCUAAUUCUUUUCGAUUAUCUACAGACCACGAAGCUAAAUUUUGAGCAGAUCUAUCUACAUGUUUUAUGAUAACUGACUCGAUUUUUUAACUUUUUAAGAAAAUAAAUUUCUUUUAGCAUUUUAAUUCUCCUUUUGCUGGUGUCUUUUAUCCAGGCAUAAUUGAUAAUUCUCUCAGGUACUUAUGAUAUGGGCCAUUCUAUGAGUUUGGUCUGAUACGCAUGGAUAUCAAAGUAGGCCUCAUCAUAUGGCCCUUGGGCCCAAAGCCUGCCCGGCCCUUUUUAAAAUAGGGUAGGGUAUGAGUCAUACAAAUAAAGCUCGGCCCUACCCUACGGCCCUGCCCGAUUGAGCCCGUAAGGGCUAAGCCAGGCCCGACCCUAAAAGCCCGGCUCUAACCCAGCCCUAAAAAUUAAUAUUAUAUAUUUUGUUAUUUUCUAUUACAAUAUUACAUGUGUAUAAAACUAUAGAAGUUUUGAUGAAUUAUUUGAAUCUGUUAAUCUGUCAUAUUACAAAAUGGGUUUCUUAAAUCGAGUCUGUCUGUUUAAGGCCCAAAGGAUGAAGGUACGAAGCCCAACUGUCUAAGUCCAACUCAAGUAGCAAUAGGGCAAAAGCAAAACCUAGACGGCAGAGUGGGUAGACGCCAUCCCACUAUGACCUUAUCGAGUCUCUCUCAAACGUUGGCCGCCUCUCUCUCAAACCCUCUGUUCCUUCAGAGUCCAGACAACAAACUGCAAUUCCUCUGCCGCCAGCCAAAACUAGUAGACUGGGUAGAGAACUAGAGAUUGUUCCGGUAGGCUUGAAAGGAGUUGGAUCGAAGAUCGAGGAGGAGUAGACGAAGUAGGCGACGCGAGCUAAGGCUAUGAUGUUGACAGUGGGGAGGUUCCGACGUGAGCUGAGGCAGUGGAGUAGGCGACGUCGGCGGUCAAGGCAUCGACUUUGUUCCCGGUCUUCGGUAUGCAUCCACCGUUGGCAUACUUAUCCACAGAUCCACUUGGUUAGGUUCUUUGUUUUCCAUGAAAAAGCCUAUUUCUCCUCUUGAUAUUAGAGUAAGAGAUGAAGGAAAGUUUGCAAGUGUGGAAUCAAACCAUGCUUCAAUUUUUGUAUCAAAGAUUACAACUUUUUGGGAAUUGAUGAAGACUUACUGCUUCAAUUUUUGUAGCCUUAGUGGCUUAGUGCCUCAAUGUAAUUUCAAUCUCAAUUUGAUCAGUGUGAAUAUGAGUUGAGUUUAAGUGAGAUUUGUAAUUAUUUCUAAUUAAUUCAGAUUCUGAAAUUUCAAACA